CCAACUCUCAUUUAUACUGCGAUCAUGGCUCGAGACCCUACCGUGGAGGUUCCUCCGGAGGAGGUACAUCAUUACAAUGAUCUUGGCGAGGUGCCGUGGGAUAUUCAGAACUACUGGGCGCAACGCUACAAGAUCUUCUCCAAGUACGAUGAGGGUGUCUGGCUGACAGAUGAUGCCUGGUUUGGUGUUACGCCCGAACCUGUGGCAAACAAAAUAGCAGAACACAUGGCGCAGUCCGCUCCCGCAGGACGCAGCAUCCUGGUAGAUGCAUUCGCGGGCGCGGGCGGCAACUCUAUCGCUUUUGCUCUGUCCGGUAGAUGGAAGCGCGUCUACGCUAUCGAGAAGAAUCCCGCUGUCCUGCAGUGCGCCAAACACAACGCCAAGAUCUACGGCGUGGCGGACAAGAUCACCUGGUUUGAGGGUGAUUGUUUCGAUAUUAUCAAGAAUCAGCUGAAGGAUUUGGCACCAUAUAGUGUCUUGUUUGCUAGUCCGCCAUGGGGUGGCCCCGGGUAUCGCUCCGACACGGUGUUUAACCUGAGUACUAUGGAGCCAUACUCCCUCGCAAAACUAUACAAAGAGUACUCCAUGUUUACGGAACACAUGGUUCUCUAUCUCCCUCGGACGUCGGACGUCAAGCAGAUGGCAAAAGUUGUCAAGGAGGGUCAAAAGUCAGUGGUGAUGCAUUACUGCAUGGAAGGUGCUAGCAAGGCGUUGUGUGUUUAUUACGGUGGUUUUAACCUUGAAUGACGGCUUUCACAUAAUUCUCUUUUCUUUUUUUCCUGUUUUUAUCUUCCUGUCUCGUUUCAUCCUUCUAUGGACAACCUUUUAAACAUUGCUUGGAGUCCUCAGAUCCCGUUAAGUGUAUAAUACCGUCGCCAGUAUCACUGUCAUACCCAAUCUUUUUCUUUCUGAUUUCGCCAGCAUGUUAGCCUUGGCUAUGCUAAUGCAGCACCCUUUGUUUGCCAUAUGCGUCUCGAAUAUCAUGGCUCCAGGCUAUGGGAUAAUGUAUUGGUCCUCGGCACAGCCAAUUUCUCU